AUGCUUGCAUUUCUUUUCAACCCAGCUCUGUUCAAAGAUUUUCUUCGGGAGUUACCGGAACCGUUGUUCACCAGCGCGUUGUAUCCUAUGUUCUACGACGCAAUGCAAGUUACUUUACCGGGAUUCUCACAUAACGGUGCAAAGCUGAUGCUCAAUAUUCUGGACUGUCUGCCAACCAUAAACCAGGAGAUUCUACUCUACCUAUUGGACCAUUUCAAAAGAGUGACCAAUCAGUGCGUUGUGAAUCGGAUGGACACUGCAAAUUUAGCCACAUGUCUCGCUCCUGUCCUAUUCUAUCCAGCUCCAAAUUCCGCCAGAAACUUGGAUCCGGCAAUACUGGAGCCAAGCAAAAUGGCGGAAAUUUUUAAAUUCAUCUUAGAUAUUUGGCCAGACGAGCGAACUACUGUGCCACCGUUCGAAAGCGAUGUCGACGUUUGGAGGACAGAGCUACGGCGUACCCGUUCACCAAUGUUAAACGAGGAAUUCCAAGCAGAUCCGCAAUCGGCCGUGUAUGCUCCUCGGCGGAGCCACAGACGUAGACACGGCCAACAUCGGGCAUCAAGCGGAACGCGCUCCACUCUUUCGGGGCCUGCAUCGAUGGGGAUGCGACUGGAUUCUCCCCCACAGAUGCAACGUACAAGUCACGGUUACGCUGGCGGACACGGUGGCUCAGGUAAGCGGUGA